AUGGAACGUUUUGAUUCAUUUUCAUCAUUGGAUUUAGAUAAUGGAGGUACUAUAGCAGUCGAUUUGGCCACAUUAAUGCCAAUGCCAAACCUAGGAGAUUUCUCUUCAAUUCCUGAUCUCCGUCUUCAUUUACCAGCACGUGUCACUGUUUACUUGCGCAUUACUCGCAUUACUCUAAAGCAUGAUACAAGUGAUCUCUUUCUUCUUCAUCCAUAUCCAAUAUGGAUUCGUCAUAAUCAUGCCAAAGUUCAUGGUGGUUCAUUAUUGAUUCCAGUCACUGAACAAGAUUUUAAAAAUGGUUACAUCACGAUUGAAAAUCUUGUCAUGAUUCGCCUCACACAACCUGAUCUAGCAAAAAUGAAAACAUUUGCCAUUUAUUCACCAACACAACUGUCAUUCACUGGUGGGAAAAAAAUUGUGCACUGUACUGAUCGUAUUGAAUUGUUCAAUCGAUUUUAG